AAAAGGAAGUCGAGCUCCAGUGUGCAUUUGAUGCCACAGAGCAACAACAAAACCAGUAUAGUAAGCACUGCAAAAGAAACACCCCCAGUGCAGACGUCCAUGGAGCCUCAAACAACUGUUGUCCAUAAUGCUACAGAUGGCAUAAAGGGUUCCACAGAGAGCUGUAACACCACGACUGAAGAUGAGGAUCUGAAAGCUACACAGUCUUGUGAAGAGAAGCUUCAUGCCUGGGACAGCCCAGGGCAGACAUUGGAGUUAGAGCGUGCUCAGUCGGAGCCUUUGCUAACUCCAGUAGUUCCCUUUGUACUUAACCGUGCACCGU